AGUGACCCGUCGCAUUUGCAGAGAACGUUGAUUGUUUUGCUUGGUUCUCAGCCACCCUUUCAGCCGGUAUAACACCUGUUUUACACUCAAACUACAAAAUGUCUUCAGAUUUUGAAGCUUACGAACAAGACUUUGGUACUCUGACAGCAGAAAUAACGAACAAAAUUGGACGAAUUCCCAAAUUAGGAGGAGAGGAGAAGACACAGCUGGUUCUAAAUGUCGACAAACAGCUCGAAGAAGUCAGAGAGUUGAUGGAGCAGAUGGACCUGGAGGUGCGUGAAAUCCCCAUCCAGAGCAGAGGCAUGUACCAGAACAGACUGAAGAGCUACAAGGGGGAGAUGGAGAAGCUGGAGAAAGACUUUAAAAGGUCACGUAUCGCCUACAGUGAUGAGGUGCGGAACGAGCUCCUGGGUGAAGACGCCGGCUCAUCCGAGAGUCAGUUGAUAAAGUUACGCGAGGAGAGAGCACAUCUGUUGGACAACACAGAGAAGCUGGAAAGGUCAUCUCGGAGACUGGAGGCUGGCUACCAGAUAGCUGUGGAAACCGAACAAGUGGGCCAAGAGAUUCUGGCUAACCUGCACACUGACCGCGAGAAGAUCCAGAGAUCUAGAGAUCGGCUGAGAGAGACUGACGCCAACCUGGGCAAAAGCUCCCGCAUCCUGACGGGCAUGCUGAGAAGAAUCAUCCAGAACCGAGUCCUGGUGUUCGUGCUCGGCGCCAUCAUCCUCCUCACCAUCGUCCUGGCCAUCUAUUUCAAUGUGCGAGGGCAGUGAUCUCCACCAGUGCUCAAACACAUAUUCCAUCACACACACACACACACAAAACGUGUGUGAUUAAUAGCGACAAAAGCGUUGCUCUGGAGUAAUUAGGACAAAUGGUUCCCAUGAAUCACUCUUUCCGGCCCCUGACAGGGGUCUCUCCCUCUCUCUUUGAGACAGCCCCCACUGUUGUUUUCUUGUUAUUGAUAUUAUUCAUGGUGUUUUCACUGGACUGUUUGCAUGGGAGACCAUCUCCUCCCAGGGCAGACAGUCCGUGGGGAUUGACAGAGUCUAGGCAGGCUUGGAGAGGAACAGCCUAUUACUGUUGUUUAUUCACUACUUCCCUGCUCUGACCUAAGGUAGCCGCGCUCACGUGUGUGCGUGUGUGUGUGUGUUUGUUUGUGUGCGUGCGUGUGUUUGUGCGUGCGUGCGCGUGAACAAAUAUCUGUAAACAGGGAUUUCUCUCCCUUCCUGUCAUCUAGUCUGUUAAACUGUAGACUCUGUCAGAUUAACAUUGGUAA